AAUUGAUUCGCCAAAUUCACUACUGAUGCUGAUGCUUACUCUACUUACAGAUACAUCACUACAUACUGAAGAUUAUUCUAGGAGUAUAAUUACGCCUCUCCCUCAGCCUCCCCCACGCCGAGAUUGAGAACGUGUGGCUGUUUCUUAGCAGACUUGCUUUUGUUCAUCACUGUGUUGAAGGUGACACCACACGAAUUGUAAUUUUGGAGGUAGACAUCACCAGAGGUUUCUUCUUCAAGGGAUACUCAUACUUACGACCUGUGUUAUUUCGUCUCUUUAUCAACUAGAACAAAAUGAGUUACAAUUUCGCUUCUAGUGGCUACUACAGCUGCUUCGGCAAUGUCCCGGAGGCGGAUGGUGCUCGGCUGCGUAGAGACACAGCCACCUAUAUGAAGAAAUUCGACAAGCAGGCCUGGUCGAAUGCACCAAUAUGCACGGUCCUGAACGGGCGCGAUCUCACAGAAGGAAGCAUGGUUGAUACGGUAUAAAAAGGAGUAGGUAGUAGACUUCUUUCAACAUCACAAUAAUAUGAUCAUUCAUGUUUGACUUUGACUACAAAGGGGUCGGGGCACAGCCACAGACAUCAAGCUAAGUAGACUUGCAACGUGGUAGGAGUAGGACGACAUAGUCCUGGCGCAAGAUCAUGAUCUAUUAUAGAUUUUCGAAAAUUUGUUCACUUCAAGGUUGAUGCUUUCGAGCGUGUGAACGGAAAGCAGAUUUUAGCUCAGCCGUACGAGGUGGACCAAGUGAUUGGUCACAUUCUCAACUACCGACCGCCAGUGACGGACCUACGAGCACCAAUUCGCGCGAUCGACGCGUUGUUUUGCGACGAGCUAGCGCCAGAAAUUAUCGGAAAUCAGUCGAUCGACUUCUCGAAACAAGAUGGUUCUUUCGAAUUUACCUACCUAAAGAUAGAAAUAAUAGAUCGUCAUCUUUCUUCUAGGACCAAUCAAUAAAUCUUGCGGAACCUUCGCCAGGUAUAACCGAGAUCGAGGAGUCUAUCCAAGCAAACCUGGUGGAGCAGCGAAUCAAUGAUCACUUGUAUGCUGCGGAGACUAGUGAGGUGGAGAUCCGUCGCAAUCCGGUUUUUAUCGGUUGCGUUUCGAACUUUUCCAAUUUCUUGGAUCUUUUCUUAUGGCCACGUACUGGUCUUAGAAAUACUGGUCUUAGAAAGUCCUAGGUUCAUCAAUAUUCAUUGUAAAUGUAAUGCGUAGAAGUACUCGUCAUGGUAAUUUACAUAUUAGUACCAUUUUCGUCCUCGCAGUCAUCUCUGACUCAUCUGUCCAUUUUUGACAUACUCUCUGACUCGGUCCAUUUUUGACAUACUCAAACUCAACAUACUCCAUCUAAUUUUCCGAAAGACGUUGCGUCAUUUGGAAUUGGGAGUGCCAGUUGUGGUGCUGAGUCGCAGCAACACCACUCAACAUAUGUUCCGGUGGUUUCGACUGUUGCAGAACUUGUGUGAGAAAUUCAGCGUCGACUCAGGAAUGCUCACGUACUUGAGCUGCUCCAUUUUAGGAAGGGCAAGGGUCUUGAAUUUGAUUCUAUUCAUACAGCUGAGGACGUUCUUUUUUAGAUUUCGUUCAGAAACUAACGAUUCAUCUUUGCCUUAAAUAAUAUGAGAUUGCUGCGUCGGUGACGUCGUAAUUCUUUUACAAAGAAAAUAUGUUGCUGGUAUGUCGAUCUCCACCUCCAGCUCCAUCUUCUAUCCUUGCUCUAACCCUCGCAGAGCAGCGUCGUGUCUUCUUACGGUGUCCUGGUAGUCCCAUGCAUUUUACCGGAAGUCGUGAAAUUGCCGGGAAAAUCAAGGAAGUGUGCCCGAAAAUAUUCGCGAGCACUGGUGGACCUAACACACUGGUCGCGACCGGAUACAACGAUAAAGUAGGAGACGCAGUGAGAUGGUCCAACCUGAUUGAAAACAAAGGACAAUGCACUGCUUUGCGACACUUCGUUUGCCCAAGCGUGACUUAUGUUCAAAAUUGUUGUGUAAGUACUUUCAAUGAAUGGAGUUGAUCUCGUCUUACCUAGACGAUGUAGGUCGUGUCAACAACGACUACCACGAACAGCACUCUCGUCAUCUUCAUCCGAUGACAUCAUCAAUAUUGAGUACAGUUCUUGCUUCACCAUUAUAGUCAUCAUCUAAUGCUAUGAGACAGAUUUGAACGCUUGUUACGCCAAGGCUCCUGUCCUAGAAAGCUCACUGCAGUCAGUCGAACAAGGAGAAUUUGCCGGAAUUUUAACCCCGUGUGCGGAGUGGAGCAAGAGCAGAUGCAAAGUCCCAGAUGGUUACAAACAAAUGCAAUCACAGCCACUCAUUUUAAGACUUGUGCAAGGACUAAGUGUUCCACUUGAUCCAGGACUAAGACUGUAGUCGUUGAUCGGGACGAGUGAGGACUUACCUUCUAGAAGUCUCCUCUAAUAGCGAACUACCGCAUCUCACCGAGCUUGCCGGUUUCUAUCCAGGAACAGUGGCGACAACUCUACGUAUGAUAUUGAUAUUCUUUCAAUUGGAAGUGGAAGGAGAUCCGGAUCUGACACAACGUGAGCAAGAAAAGAUAAAGAUGUGAUUAUUACUUACAACUAUCACUAUGUAUAACUAUAUAUAAGUUAUGGUGCAGCUCGAUGUCUUACACUCUUUUCCUUUUGAUUUUGUUCAUGAGUAUAAAUAGUGAUGAUCUGAUACUAUAUUACCGUAGCACGAAAGUAAAGGAAGACUUGUUGUGUGUCCUCCUCCUCAACCUCAUCUACCGUGAUCACGACUGCAAUACAGGUAGACGUGACCACUCCGGAGUGUGUAAAGGACGCGAGUUUUUUAUCGUCGCUUGCAGUCUGGUUGAACCGCGAACAACCGAUUUCGUUGGCCAUUAAUGAAGACAGCGCUUAAGGCUACAACUUUCUCAUUUGAGCGCAGCUUCCUUAGGCUUAGUACAUGUACACUGUUAUUUGAGCGCAGUUUCCUUAGUAAAAAUAGUACAAGUUAAACUUUAUAAUUUGAGAGCAUCGUCCAUCAUGUCUAUCGUACUAGUAAGUGUAAGUUAUAGUUGGCAGAAGGUCAAAGUCAACAUUGUAGCUUUACAGAACGUGAAGAUAGAUUGCCCGUAUAGAACAGCUGGCUUUUCAGCCUCCUCAGAUCUUAUGCUCCAUCCUCUGCUCUAGUACCUCUAAUCUCUUGCGGGUAUGGAAGUCGCGAAGAAGCUGUUCGCUAUGACGGGGAUGGUCGUCUAUACUGUAGGAACCAUGGACAAACCUGCGUUGACAGCUCAAGCAAGGCCUCAGGAUGGAGAGGUGUUAUUUGUUACUUCUCUACAGCGAGCUAGAGUGAGUUUUUGAAGAUUUGAGUAUUUGAGAUACUAGUUUGAAGAUGAUGCGUAGUAAUGAAGCAGUGGCUGACUUUGAUGACGCGCUUGUUUUGGACUUCACUCUACUUGAGAACAACGUACUAGACAUUGGUUUCUUCUGGUUCAUCUGAGAGAACAACUAGAGAUCAAAUAAAAGUAAAAAAACACUAUUCCAGGUAUUCGGCGAGUUCCCUCCGCGACGCCAGUUGCAGCAGUACACGCAUGCACCGAUGGUGGUGCCGUCUGGCGUGGCAGCAUACAAUGCCGUGUAUAAGGAAAGCUUUUUGCAGGCAAAAGCAACAAAGCCUGGUGGUUUGACCGGCGUUUGCGGCUCCGCAGUCCAGGUGUGGUCGAGUAUCCAAGCUCCGCUGGUCCGAGGAUACGCCGCAGCGAUUUUGGAUUACCUAGUGUUAUGAUGUUGAGCCUGAAGCUGAACGUGAACAGAAGAUUCACAAAAACUUGUUGAUGUGCUUACAAAAAUACAACUACAACACUUGCACUUGUUGAAAAUCCCUUUACUUAGCAUUAGCUGCAGCUCAAAAUUAGAAGGUUUUGCUUUCUUUUCCUGCCUGCUUUCGCAUUUGUCUGGUCCUAGAUUCUAUAGAAGGUAGUGUUAGUGCCUCUCUUGUCAUAUGUUGACUACAUACUCUUUUUCUAACUAGAGACGCAACAAAAGCAGGACCUCGACGUGGAUUCGGAGCAAGGACUACAUAUUUCGGUUUGCAGCGUCCACCGGUGUCUGCCGGAAAUGCAACGUCUGCAGUUAAGGACUAUUUAAAGAUGUUUGUGUUUGAUCUACUUCUAGGUAGAAGAUUUAGAUGUGGAGGAUGAUAAAGAUAAUACUGUUAGCGUGCUGUGAGGCACUUUGACCACUGCUCUACUGUGGUGUUAUUGUUAAUAUGUUGUGGUGUGUAUAUUGUUAAUAUCUAUGUCCUCAGGCCGAAAAGAGCAGACAGAGGGCUGUGAAUACGGAACAAACGGGAUCAACUAUGAUAAUAGUUUCCAUCGCACGCAGACGCACCUCUGCCACUCUAAGUAAAUCCAGACCGUCCUUCGAUGCGAGCAAGACGUGGAUCGUGCAUUGCUUCUUGCCUUGCCGUUUGUCGCUACCAAUGCUCGUGAUAGCUUGGUUCUUUCCGCAGCACCUUCAGUAGCAGCAACUUUGAUAUGCCUAUUGCUAUACAUAGAGAUGGAGAUACCUCUAGCACAUGAUGACACCAGGCCGUGUUCUUAUUGGCAUGCUUCCACCAGUGCUAGUCUUAUUUUAUUCCUCUUCCUCUCUCUCUCCUUGGUAUUUCUCGCACUUAUCUCACGCUUAUUAACACGUUAUUAUUACUCCCCCUCGCCCUCCGGCCUCCCACUUGCUGUAGUUGCUUGUCCCUGAUAUCCACUCAAUAAAACGGUCUAAUCUUGGAAAAAGUUCUGGCCGGGUCAUCCGCGACGCUUAUCCCGAUUCGCAAGGAGUCGCACGCGGAGUUUGCGAGCAAGGUGGAGAAGGACCCAAGUUGGUAUAAUGUGAUCUACGCGGACGCGGAUAUGGAGUUCAUGCUCGCGCAGCAAUUCAUUUCCAGACUCCUACCUCUUGGCCAUGUGAAGAGCACGUCGACGAACGAUGAAAAAUUCUACGCAGCGUUCGCGACUAGUGAAAAAUGGCUCAGGAUGUUGCCGCAGGGCAGCUCGUCCUUGUGCUGA